UCGGAGUUCACAGCAACAAGAUGAGAGAGGAAGCCUUGAGAUGGAGGCAGGGGGGUGAUUUACCGUAAAAAAUAGCGAAUUUGGAGACAGUUGACAUUUCGUUUACAGAACGAGAUAUAAGAGUCUCCACAAGGAAGAGUCGUGUGUUAAAUUUAGCUAUAUAAAUACUCAGUCAGCACUGGAUAUUUGGGUGAGUUCCUCAAGUAUUGACCGGGCGCCAUUUAAACACGCUGUGCGGGAGACAGGAAAGAAAUAACCGCUCUCACAGCCCGCACUCGGCUUUCUGCUUCCGCGGACAGAUUCUGCUCUCUAAUAAACACAUUUAUUCGUUAGGAGAUUGUAUUCUCGGUGUGGUAGGCAGUGGAAAUGUGGCCUGUUUGUGAAGGCCUCUGGUAGCGCGAGGUAUUGUGUGUUAGCUGGCUAACGGCUAACAGACCUCGAACUGAAGAGAGUUACGACCCCGUGCAAGAGACUACAGGUGUUACUAAACCGUGACCAUGGCGACAGACAUCGGCUCUCCUCCGCGGUUCUUCCAUAUGCCCCGCUUCCAGCACCAGGCCCCCCGUCAGCUGUUCUACAAGAGGCCCGACUUUGCGCAGCAGCAGGCCAUGCAGCAGCUCACCUUCGACGGCAAGCGCAUGAGAAAAGCCGUCAACCGCAAAACCAUCGAUUACAAUCCAUCCGUCAUCAGACAUCUAGAGAAUCGAUUGUGGCAGCGAGAUCAUCGAGAUUUCCGCGCUGUUCAACCAGACGCAGGCUGUUACAAUGAACUCGUUCCUCCAGUGGGCAUGCUUAGCAAUCCUAUGAAUGCUGUCACAACAAAGUUUGUCAGAACCUCCACCAACAAAGUCAAAUGCCCUGUGUUUGUUGUGCGGUGGACUCCUGAAGGCAGGCGACUUGUAACAGGUGCCUCCAGUGGAGAGUUUACUUUAUGGAACGGGCUCACGUUUAACUUUGAGACCAUUUUACAGGCUCAUGACAGCCCUGUCAGGGCAAUGACCUGGUCUCAUAAUGACAUGUGGAUGUUAACUGCCGACCAUGGAGGUUACGUGAAGUACUGGCAGUCCAACAUGAAUAACGUCAAGAUGUUCCAGGCUCACAAGGAGGCGAUUAGAGAGGCCAGUUUCUCUCCUACGGAUAAUAAAUUUGCCACUUGCUCUGAUGAUGGAACUGUUCGCAUCUGGGACUUUCUGCGCUGUCACGAGGAAAGAAUUCUGAGAGGUCAUGGAGCAGAUGUGAAGUGUGUGGACUGGCAUCCCACAAAGGGCUUGGUGGUGUCCGGCAGCAAAGACAGUCAGCAGCCUAUCAAAUUUUGGGACCCAAAGACUGGACAAAGCUUGGCAACACUACAUGCACAUAAAAACACAGUCAUGGAGGUGAAGUGGAACCUCAAUGGCAACUGGCUGUUGACGGCAUCACGAGACCAUUUAUGCAAACUGUUUGACAUCCGCAACCUCAAAGAGGAGCUGCAGGUUUUUAGAGGACACAAGAAAGAAGCCACAGCUGUGGCCUGGCACCCAGUUCACGAAGGCAUGUUUGCCAGUGGAGGUUCUGAUGGAUCGCUACUGUUUUGGCAUGCUGGUGUGGAGAAAGAAGUGGGAGGAAUGGAGAUGGCACAUGAAGGAAUGAUCUGGAGUUUAGCCUGGCAUCCACUGGGCCACAUUUUGUGUUCUGGAUCUAACGAUCACACAAGCAAAUUUUGGACGAGGAAUCGGCCUGGGGACAAGAUGCGUGACAGAUACAAUCUAAAUUUGUUGCCUGGAAUGUCAGAAGAUGGGGUGGAGUAUGAUGACAUGGACACCAAUAGUAUGGCAUCCAUUCCUGGCAUGGGGAUCCCAGAACAACUGAAGGCAGCCAUGGAACAAGAACAAUCAGGGAAAGACAUGGUGGCAGAACCUGAGAUGAGCAUCCCGGGGCUGGACUGGGGCAUGGAAGAGGUCAUGCUGAAGGACCAAAAAAAGGCCCCGACAAAAAAAGUUCCUUAUGCAAAACCCAUUCCAGCUCAGUUUCAACAGGCCUGGGCAGAGAAUAAGGUUCCAGUGAUGCCUGCUGGAGAGGUUCCAAAGGAAAGGAAGGAUGAGAAGAAAGUUGAUAGCAAGAAGAAGACGCAAGCAGAGAUUGAGCAGGAAAUGGCUGCCCUGCAAUAUACAAACCCAAUGUUGCUCGAGCAACUGAAGAUUGAGCGAAUGGCACAGUUGCAGGAGCAGGGAAUUCCUCCCCCUACUGGACAGCAGUCAGGACCAGUUCCAUCCUUUCCAGGGCAGGGUGGUCCAAUGCCCCCUCCAGCACAAGGCUUCCCUCAGUCCAUGCCUCCACAACAAACACCACACAACAUGCCCCCUGUUGGACCAGGGGGGAUGCCUGGUCCAUUCAUACCUUCUGGCCAAAUGGGCCCACCAGGACCUCCCAUGCAUCAGGGUCCACCUCCACAGGGCAUGAUGGGACCUCCAGACAUGCAUGGACCUCCACGUCAUCCUGGCCCACACAGGAACAUUGGACCCCAGGGUCCUCCUGGCAUGCCGCAAGGCCCUAGAGGCAUGCAAGGACCUCCCCAAGGAGGAAUGCACCCUGGCUCUGGUGGACCCCCAGGCAGUAUUAUGGGACCACCACCACGAGGACAGGGUCCUCCACAAGGAAAUAUGAUGCAUCAGGACAUGAGGGGGCCUGUGCCCCAUGGAAACAUGAUGGGCCCUCAGGGACCCAUGCAAGGGGGUAUGAUGGGCCCUCCGCCCAGGACUCAUGGCAUGGGAAAUAUGCAUGGGAUUGGUCCUCCUCCUGGGGUUAUGCAUGGACCACCAAACAACAUGCAAGGGCCACCAGGAAAUAUACAAGGACCUCAAGGCAGCAUGCAGGGCCCCCCACCAUAUAUGCAAGGCAAACCCCCACACAUGGGUGAUGGAAAUCGAGGCCAGUUCAGCCAGGGUCAGAAUCAGCCAAUCAUGCAUGGAAUAGGACAGCAGGGUCCUAACGGAAAAGAUGGUUCACGAGGGCCACCUAACCACCACAUGGCUCACCCACCAGAGAGACAAGGCCCAGGAGGACCUAGUCAGAGCUCAGACGGAGGCCAGUACUGGGGGGAAGAUGGGGGUUAUCAAGAGGGCUGGAGAAGAGGCCCUGGAGGUCCUGCACAGGAAUACUCUGGAGGUCACAGAGGAAAUUCUGGAGGCCAGUGGGAAGGCCAGGAACGGUUUUCCUCACGUGAUGAAGAGUUCAUGGGGUAUGAUGGGUAUGAGGGCUCUGGAGAAGAGUUUGAACAGAGGCCGAGACGAUCAACCCAUGGAGAUGACUCAUACCGGAGAGGUGGCCCAAGUGUGCGUGGUGGGAUGGGGGGCUUCCAAGAUGAGUAUGGUGGAGAAGAGAGCUUUGACUCUCAAGAAGAGAUGGGCCAAGGUUGGGGUGGAAGAGGGAGACCGCGUGGUGGACCAACAAGAGGAGGUGGUGUAGGAAGAAAGGGACUUCUCCCAACCCCUGAUGAUUAUCCCUCUCACUAUGAAGGAGGAAGAAACGAGGAGGGCUGGGAGGGAGGGCAAGAUUCAGGUCAUGAGGGUUAUCGCGAUGGUCAGCGGCCAGACCACAACAUGCAUGACAGUCCUUCCCCUGCCAGUAGAGAGCGAUCGUCUUCUCUACAGGGCAUGGAUAUGGCUUCACUGCCUCCACGCAAACGCCCAUGGCAUGAUGGACCAGGCACUGGCGACAUGGACUCUCCUGGUUCAGGGCCUGAUGAAAGAGGAGCUGGUCGACCAACCCCAAGAGAUGAAGGUGGGUAUGGGCCUCCACCACGAGGCGGGGGAAGAGGUGGUUGGGGUCGUGGUGGGCUGCCUAACCCUGGUGGCCCCGGUUCCAAUAUGGGUCCUAAUCUCAGACGAGGCGCUCCACGGGGUGUUAUGAGGGGCGGCCGCGGGCGAUAGGAAAGGUGACACCUGCUUUCCUGGUCACAAGAAGGCGAAACCGAGUACACUGAGGACAGAGCACGACAAAGAACCACACACGACAAGAACACAAGCUUCCUCGAGGGUCUUAAAUGGUGGCUGGAAGCAGCACUUCAAAGGAAAAUCUGCUUGAAUGAUAGACUGGUGGCUAAAGUUUAGCUUUUUCUUUACUAUGUACUGGAUGGAAGGUGGAGCGGUUAUCCUAGGCCAGAUACUUUUGGCUUUGAUGCUCCUUGGCACCUGCUUGGCCAAUUCAUGGUGGUAUAAGGGACUUGAUAUCAACGAUGAGAAUAAUACCUGUAAUGGUGCGAUGAGAAACUUCAUCUCUUGGAAUGGACUUGUGUUUGUGGUCCAGUAGACUUUGCGAUGCAUGGUUCAGCUCUGUGUGGAAGCUGAAGAAACUGAGCAGCUUUAUUAGUUACCCGGACAACAAUAACUGAGUUUGUACCAGCACCUGAGGCUCUGUUUUUUUGUUGUUGUGUUCUUUAGAUAUUCUCAUAAAACAAAACCAUUGCGUACCAUUGGAUUCUGUCACCUGGAAAAUGGAAGUCAAGCUAGGGCCAACGUUGAGCAGGCUUCAUCUUGAGAACUCCUAGAGAAAAGUGAACUUUCAAAUGUUUUGUUGCCCCAGUGCUGUUUAUUUAAUUUCAUUUUUAUGUAAAAUAACGGAGAUAAUCUUUCUGUAACCUUACCAGGCUACUCUCGGUGACAAAGCUUCCGACUUUGUUUCUAUUUGUACAGUUUGUCACAGAAGUUGUCAUAUUGUUUUGUCCUUUUUUGUAUGGAAACAUAAUAGAAUGUGCAAAAUUUAUGUAAAAAUCUCUUCCUUGUUGUCGUUACUUUGAUUUCAACCAGUUCUUUGGUUAUGAGACGGAUAAAAACUCUGGAUGGUUGAAGUGGCA